AUGGACCCGGGGACCAGCAACAAUCCUCCACCUUUAUCGGUUGCGUUACGGUCCAACAAGGUAACACCGGUUGAUUAUGCCUCACCUAAGGAACACAAAUCAAAUGUUCCUGCCAUGGCCACAGAAGGAAUGGACGUGUUAUACGCACAGGGCCCAGAAGCAUCCUCAAAGCGGAUCCCCUCCAUGGUCGAAAAACCUCAACCAGGUGCCUCGACCAGCCAUCAAGGCGGUUCCAGAUCAUCAACAGACAAGGGGAGCAGCAAGGGUGUCAGCCAUGUUGCCUUCGACAUGAAGAACGUAGAGAUGUUGAUGGACCAUGCUAAACCUAAGCACGACAGCAAGGACUCAAUCAGGGAAAGCAUGUCUCUACUCGGGAUACCAAAACCGCCGGGCAACAGCGACGAAACCGGGCUGAAGAACACCUUCAUAAGACGGCAGCUGUGGACGAUGCUCCAGCCGACUGAUAACAGGCUGUCCAUGAAGUUGUUUGGGAGCACCAAUGGAAUCAAGAAGGAGAUGAAGCGUCUCAAAGCUGCUGGGUUUCUUAUCGUUCACCCCUGCAGUGCAUUUAAAUUCUACUGGGAUCUCCUAAUGGUGAUGCUUCUGAUAUGCAACUUGGUGAGCCUGCCCGUUAUUAUUGCAUUCUUCUACCACACGGAGCCGAGCAGGCUGUGGACGAUCUUCAACUGUGGGUCAGAUAGUUUAUUCAUACUGGACGUCAUCAUCAAUAUGAGAAGUGGGUAUAUGGAUCCGAACACAUCCGAACAGGUAAUUCUAAAACCAAAGAAGAUUGCCAUCCACUACUUGAAGACGUGGUUCAUCAUUGAUUUCAUCUCAUCCAUCCCCAUGGAUUGCAUCUUCAUGGCUGUGAAUGGUGGAUCAUCAGGAAACCAUCUAUACGAAGUCUCGAAAGCUCUACGCGUCUUGAGAUUAGCCAAGCUUCUUAGUUUGGUUAGGUUGCUUCGUCUCUCCAGGCUGAUGCGAUUCGUUCGACAAUGGGAACAGGUGUUUGAUGUUGCCGGGGCAGUGAUCCGAAUCGGCAAUUUAAUCUGCAUAAUGCUCCUGAUUGGUCACUGGAACGGCUGUCUGCAGUUUCUGGUUCCGAUGCUGCAGGAGUUUCCUCAAGACAGCUGGGUCUCCAUCAAUAACCUUGUGGACGCCCAUUGGUGGGAGCAGUACACGUGGGCUUUAUUCAAAGCAAUGUCGCACAUGCUCUGUAUUGGCUACGGUCGUUUCCCGCCACAAAGUUUGACUGAUUUGUGGCUCACCAUGGCAAGUAUGAUCUCUGGUGCCUCGUGUUUCGCUCUCUUCAUCGGGCACGCAACAAACCUCAUUCAGUCAAUGGACUCGUCUAGCAGACAGUACCGUGAAAAGUUGAAACAAGUCGAGGAGUACAUGGCCUACCGCAGAUUACCGAGUGAAAUGAGAGAACGCAUCACUGAUUACUACGACUACCGUUACCAUGGCAAGAUGUUCACCGAGUCAGUCAUUUUCGAUGAGAUCUCAGUCAAACUCAGAGAGGACGUUGCUAACUACAACUGCCGCGAACUCGUGGCAUGCGUACCGUUCUUCAGCGUUGCCGAUCCCAACUUCGUCUCUCGCGUUGUGAUUCUACUAAAGUUUGAAGUGUUCCAGCCUGGCGAUUACAUCAUUAGGGAGGGGACCUACGGGGACAGGAUGUUCUUUAUUCAGCAGGGCGUGGUCGAUGUCAUCACCUCAGAUGGAGAGGUUGCGACUUCUUUAAGUGAUGGCUCAUAUUUUGGAGAAAUUUGUUUGCUGACCCACGAGAAGCGGGUUGCCAGCAUACGCACCGACACAUACUGCUCUCUCUAUUCACUCUCUGUCGAACACUUUCAACAGGUUCUGACGGAAUUUCCCUCAGUCCGGAAAACAAUGAUAGAAGUUGCAAUAAAACGUCUGGAAAAAAUAGGAAGGCCUUCAAGUGCGCUGGUCUCUGCUUUGAGUGGUCAAAACUCAUCCAAGUCAAAAAGUACAGAGCGCUUGUUUGAAAUUCCGGACUCUGUAACAAUAGUAAGAGAAACUGAAAACGAGAAAAGACAUGAAGAGUUUGAACAUGAUUCGAUGGAGGAAAUUCUACAAGUAAAUGAAGGUCCAUCAGCCGACACGACUCAAAACCAAUCUUUCCCGAUCGGUGGUGAUUCCCUCGGCAACAAUGCCUCAUAUAGACACCCGUCACCCGUAUGA